CUGGUGAGACUGGAGAAAGGAGCCCACACGGAGGGCGGGAAGGAGGCGGAAGGAGGAGAGAAGCCAAGAGCCAGGGCGGGGCGGUCGGUCAGGUGAAAACCAUUCUUCCUCCCCGGGCUGUCCCGAGCUGGCUCCCACGGUGUUCGGAAUCUUUGUCCUCACGCCGACACCGGGGAAGCUCGGAUGAGGAGCCUUAGAUCUCCAAGCCUCAGUUUCCCCCUAUUGGCAUGAAGCUUGCGGUGAAGGUGAUCUGCGAUGCGCGGUGGCCACUAAGUGGGUAGUCGUCUAUCACCAUAGUUAAAGUAAGAGAGUUCGUGUUGCUAGCCAAGCUUCGGAGGCUUUGAGGGCCUACCGACGCCAUGCGGACGCCCCGGCCGCGCCUCGACGUGAUCCUCGUCCUGGCCAUGGCUUCCAUCUCACUGCUGCUCCUGUCUCACGUGUCACCGCCCGGCUGCCCCGCACUGGAGAGGCCCGCGGAGCCCCAGGAGUUCGCCACGUGGGCCCCGAACCCUCCGCGCGCGGCCUCCGCCCCGUGCCUGGCCAACCUGUCGAUGGCGGAGCACCCGGACUUCAGCGCGCUGCCCGCGCACGUGCGCGACUUCCUGCUGUACCGACACUGCCGCGACUUUGCGCUGCUGCGGGAGCCGCCGGCCGCCAAGUGCGCGCGGCCAGUGUUCCUGCUGCUCGCCAUUAAGUCGUCACCCGCCAACUAUGGUCGCCGCCAGGUGCUGCGCCGCACGUGGGCGCAGGAGCGGCAGGUACACGGGGCGCCGCUGCGCCGCCUCUUCCUCGUGGGCAGCGAUCGCGACCCUCGAGAGGCCCGUAAGUUCAGCCGGCUGCUGGAGCUGGAGGCGCGGGCGUACGGUGACAUCGUGCAGUGGGACUUCCACGACUCCUUCUUCAACCUCACGCUUAAGCAGGUCCUCUUCCUGGAGUGGCAGCGGACUCGCUGCCCCGACGCCAGCUUUGUUCUCAAUGGGGACGAUGACGUCUUUGCGAACACGGACAACAUGGUCACCUACCUGCAGGGCCGUGACCCGGACCGCCACCUCUUCGUGGGUCACCUGAUCCAGAACGUGGGCCCUAUUCGCUCGCCCUGGAGCAAGUACUUCGUGCCCAAGCUGGUGACCGCUGACGAGAGCUACCCGCCGUACUGCGGCGGCGGCGGCUUCCUGCUGUCGCGCUUCACCGCGGCCGCGCUGUUUCGCGCCGCGCGCGACCUCCCGAUCUUCCCCAUCGACGACGUGUUCCUGGGCAUGUGUCUGCAGCAGCAGGGCCUGGCGCCCGCUUCGCACGACGGGGUGCGCACGGCGGGGGUGCACGCCCCUAGUCCCCGCCUGUCCUCCUUCGACCCCUGCUUCUACCGGGGGCUGCUCCUCGUGCAUCGCUUCCUGCCCUUCGAGACGCUGCUGAUGUGGGACGCGCUGAGCCAGCCCCAGCUCUCCUGCGGCAAGCAGAGCACGGUCUCCUGAGACGCUGGGGUGGUCAGCAUCCCCCCCCCCCCCCCGCCCCGGUUCCUGUCCCCACCCUCGAGCGGUGUCAGGGCAGGUCUGAGGAGCCGGUAAGCUUCAAAACCCUCUCGGUACUGCUCACCGUGACAGGCUCUGGGUUGAACAAGUAUGAACUAAGGAGAAUUGCUGCGGCCACGGCCCAACUCGGAGCUCCUGGUGUCAGGUUCCGGCCUUGCCCCGAGCCUCUGCCUCCGCAGGUCCCCAAGGAAGUGAGGCAGGGGAGCGAGAAGGAUCUUGACUUGGCCGCAGUGGUGUUCCCCAAGGAUUGGGGGAAUAGGGAUAAGAGUGGUCCUGUGUCCCACAGACGGGUGACGGGAAAUAAAGUCUGUGGAAGGCUGAA